AUGAGAAGAUUUGUGGAGCAAAAUGACGACCCACACUACUGGGGCAUAGGAAUGAAUGUCAAGUGUAAACCUGGAUAUUGGCAAAAAUUUUCAAUUGAACAGCGCGAAAUUCAGCCCGGGAAAGCGCUCCGAACUUUUAGGCACGGCGAUGAAAUACUUCAUCAAGACUUGUCAGAUGUUCAAAACACCAUGACUGGCGACGUAGUCAAAGUAUACCUUUCCCAAGAUUCCGACAAUACAGCAGGAGAGCUCGCAGAAGUUCGAAACUUCUACUUUCAAGAGCUCGAACCAUGCUUAGAUCCAUGUGAUGGGUACGAAGAUUGCACAACUUUCAUAAAUUCCUGUGAAGCUCAUGUUGGACCGAACAUCAACAAGCUGUUGUUUGGAAACUUUAUAGCGAGGCGCCUUGGACAUGAAGCGAUUCACGAUACGACCUGUGAUGAAGGAUGGUACACUUAUGAGCUCAUUUCGAAGCAAGACCCAGAUGAUCCUGCAACAACAAACUACACUUUAACCGAAGAUGGAGUUGAGAUCUAUUCCGACUCGCAUCCGACAAAACUUCUUCCGAACGGUGACCAAAUAGAGGUUCACGUUUCAGAUCCGGAACAUAGUGCAGCAACAGCUUUCCAUGUUCGAAAUUUCUACAUUGAAACGCUUACUGACAACGAUAUCUGUGACGAUCCUACCUUUUGCCCAGUUGACUCGUUGUGUUCUGCUGAAGAUUUUACGUGCACUUGUCAUGUUGGUACAAUUUAUGAAAAUUAUUGCUUGACGGCUGAUUGUGAUGGGUAUCAAUGUUGCAAUGGUGGUUUUUACGAUUCAAAUGCAAAUCAAUGCGUAGAUGUUGAUGAGUGCAGUCUUCAAGAGCCGAUUUGCCCAUCAGAAAUAAUGACAUGUUCGAAUACUGAAUUCAGCUACGAGUGUUCCUGCCCAGUUGGAUACGAAAAUGCGUUUUGCGCCGGAAAUGCUUGCAGAACCUUUCAAUGCGUCGAAAUCGACGAAUGCACAACUCAAAAUCCAUGUUCGACAACAGAAACCUGCAAGAACACCCUUGGAAGCUAUGAAUGUGACUGCAUAGAUGGCUAUAAUCGUGUAGAUGGUGUUUGUGAAGACAUAAACGAGUGCGAGGCUGAAAGUGAAGCUUGUCCUCAAUUUUCAACUUGCGAGAAUAACACUCCGGGGUUUCAAUGCGUAUGUGAUCCUGGCUUCGUUCAAGAUACUUGCAGUGGACAUGAUGAUUGCAGUACGUUUGUUUGUAUUGAUGAUGAUGAAUGUUCAAUUGAGCCUUGUGGUGAAAAUAUGUCAUGUACGAAUUCAGUUGGAAGUUACUCUUGUGAAUGUUUUGACGGCAUGAAUAUGAUCGACGAUGAAUGUUUUGAUGUUGACGAGUGCUUAUUUGAAGAAGACAUUUGUCCAGCGUUUUCCACUUGUGAAAACCUCCUAGGAAGCUUCAAAUGCUCCUGUUCGACUGGUUUUGAUGGUGGAUUUUGCUCCGGUUAUCAAGACUGCUCAAGUUUCGCCUGUGCAGAUAUAGAUGAAUGCAAAGUUGGAAGCCACUCGUGCGAUGAGAUUUGUACGAACACUGUUGGUAAUUAUACGUGUUCUUGUCCUAUUCAAAUGCGGCAGAUUGGCUUUUUUGGUUGCGAAGAGGUCAUCUUCGAUUCUAAAGAUCUGAGUAAAAUGGACGAUGAUGAACUCAAAACAAUGAUUGAAAAUGAGUUUAUAGUUAUUCGCGAUAAAAUGCAACUUGCAAUAAAAUUGACCAACGAUUCGAAAUUGGUAUCAGAAGCAAUAGGAGAAGCUUCCGCGAGGACGGGGAAUCUCUUGUCGAAUCUUCUUGCUCCGAAAAGCGGCGAUGAUGCGUUUUUGAAAAAAAUCGGUUCUUCGAGCAUUGACUUACUGCUGGAGAACAGUGAAAACAUGGUCUCGAUAAGAAAAGGCUUGAAUCUGCUCCUUGAUGCAGUUUCUGAAGACUCCCCGUCGACUGAGUUUAUCGUCUUUGGAGAAAACAUAACCAUUCCUGUUUUAUUCCAAGAAACGAAAAGCAGCGAGAAAGGAAUGUUUGCAGAGAUAAAGUUCAAUCCUUUUAUCUACUCUGAUGACGACUUGCGACUUGCCAAAAAUGUCCUUUACUCUGCCAACUAUGAGGGCUCCGCUCAAAUGUCUUUUCAACAGGAAGCUAAGACGAUUAAGAAGAAAAUGGUACCAGACCAGGGCGAGAUUAUCCGAUUCGACCUUGAAAACAACGAAGACUUUUUCGUGUUCUUUGAUUCUGAGCUUCAAAACCUCCAUCUCGAAUUAUUCGUUGACUUUUGGUACCAGCCCGAUCCAAAGCUGCUUUCCUUCCGACAUCAUGCGAAUCUCCCAUCGUUUAAAAAUGUAACUGACUUAUCAUCUACAAUUUGCACGGAGAAGAACUGCUCUGGUGAUCCUUAUGGGAUACAUUUUGACAAGAAUGAGGUUGAGCACUGCUUUUCUCGCGAUAAAUGCUCAAUAUUUAUCCUCAUCAGAUCAACUUCUCUUGAUUCUGAUCAAGAAGAAUUCGACCUAAGAAUAACCUCCGUUUCUGCAUCCUGCGUAACCGAUAAGUCAGAAAAAUGGAACCGAGACUUUUGUGAAGUUAUGAGUGAUUCCACCGCUGUAAAUGUUAAAUGCUCGUGUAAGAUCUCCUCUGGCGACAAGAUCACGUCACGAUCAGGAAGUUUUACAACUGUGGCAGACUACUACACAGUCUUUGUAAACGAAAUAAUAACCCUAAGCGUGAAACUAUUCCCCAUCAUCCUCGGUUUUCUCUGGGUUUGCAUCCUCAUUCGAAGCCAUUUCUUGGAUCGCUCGAACAACCGAAGCAAUUUUCUUCAUCCUCCUGCUCUGGUUAUCCGAAAAAGCUUUCAGCACGUUGCUGGUUUUUAUAUUAUUUCUGUCGACUCGCGAUUUUCCUUCAACAGAGCACCAAAAAUGCUCAAAUUGGAAAUUUUCUUUCUCGAUCUUCUUCUCAGAGAGCAAAUUGUCGAAUUUUAUCUUGGCUCAGAAAACAACAGAAUAUUUGAAAACGGAAAAAUAUCCCAUUUUUUGAUGACGCUUCCGAUUAUGAAGAUCAAGAGCUUGAAAUUAUCUACUAAUAUCCACAAAGAACUGGAAGCAACAUUUCUGCCAAAGAAAAUAUCUUUCUUCAAAGUUGACCAAUUUCCACAAUCAAAUUCAAAGGCGUCUAUUAGCAACAUCGCUGGGCAUGAAUCCACAGUAGUUUUUGAUAAAGACGAUGUGAUUUCUGUUCUUGGGACUGAAGAAGCUUGCUCUUCAAAAGUAUUUAUGGACGAUAAAUAUCAAGAAGAUACUUGUCUCAAGGAAAAACUCAUUGACAAUAGCCACUGGUUUGGCCCGAUUUUAUCGAGAAGACAAAAUGAAAUUUCGAGAAAAACGACCGACAAAAGUGAACCCGAAUACACAUUUUUUGACAGAUCAGAAGCAUAUGAAAACGGAUUGUAUCAAAAACUACAGAAAUCAAUUUUAAACAAAGAAGCCAUUACUGACCUCGUUUACAAAUCGAAACACAAAGCUGACUUUCGCCUCACAAUGCGACGAUUUAUUUCUUACUUUUUCUUGACGUUGAGUUUAUACGGGCUUUCUACAGUAAUUUUACCGACUGAGAAAUUCCUUCUUGACAAAAACUUCCGCGACAAAAUAUCCAUCAUUCCGAGCCAAACCCAACUCAAUAUCACUUCAACGUGGGAAUUAAUUCAAAGCGAAAUCGUUCCUCUCAUCCACUCUGGCAAUCCCAGUAAUGGCGAAAAAGCAAAUUUGAAAGACAGAGCUUUUGCAAGAGACAACGUCAAUUUCCGCCUUGGUCCUGCCUCAUUGACUCAGCAUCGCGAUCAAUGCGGCUUUUUCACUACUUACUGGAAUCCACAACCAACUGCUUCAGAAAGAGCUAUGGAAAAGGUCAUCAAAUCGCCCCUUCUAUCCUCCUACUUUUCAAACACCAGAUCAUCCCUUUCUUCUGACAUCUUUCUUCAAACUCCGAAUCGAAUAACCUCUUCCACCUGCGCAUUCUCAGCCAUUCUUGGAACCUCAAAAGAAAGUGCCGAUUACAUGACCGACUUUCUCCGCAAAAACGCCUGGUUCGACCAAGAAACAAAACUUCUCAUCUUCGAGCAGAGCUUUUUGAACAUGAACAUCAACGCGUUUGUCCAAUUGAGAGUGGUAUUCGAGUUCGUUGAGGGAGGCGCCAUCAUCCCGUCCCUGACGAUUCAGCAGCUCAAAAAUGUGGAGUUGACCGACUACACUUUUGCAUUCAACCUUAUUGUUUUCAUCACUCUGCUUCUUUAUGAAACGGUCGAGAGUACAAGAGCAUCCUCAAACAGCUGA